AUGAAAUUGAAAACAUGGAUGUUUUUCUUUCUUGCACAGUUAUUGUAUGACGCGAAUGCUCAAAGCUCUCAUCAAUUCCCGAAAUCAUGUAAAAUGAAUAUUUUAUUGAUUAUGGAUCAAUCUUCAUCAACAAAGGGUGGUUUUGAUGCUGCUCGCGAUUUUAUUAUCAAAGUUGCUCCAGCUGCCAUGAUUGGACCCGAUGCGCAUAGGAUUGCGAUGAUCAUUUUCUCUGGUCGAACGAUCACUCUACCAUGGAACUUUGCUAAAUCGAAUGCAGAGUUAAUCACUCGAUUGAAAUCUGUGAGAAACAAUGGUGGUAUUACGAAAAUUGGAAAAGCUUUAAGCGAAGCAAUUAGAAUGAUGGAAACGAGAAAUACCGCUCUUCCAACUUUUAUUCUGAUGGUCACCGAUGGAAGGAGUAGCGACGAAGUGAAAGCACAGGCGGCGAAAUUGCGAUCUUUUCCCAAGACUUGGCUCUUUGCUACAUCAACAAAUCGACCGGACAUGAGAGGCUUGCUUGAUAUUGUUGGACAUGAGGAUUUCAUUAUUGAAGCUGGAAGUAGAGAAGUGGCCAUGCAAGCAGCUAUCAAUAUUUUGCUAGAUAUUAAAAAGCAAUGCAUAAAAAGACGACAACAACCACAACGACAACGACUACAACAACAACUACGACAAAUCCUUUCACAGGUUGUGAACUGGAUCUUUCCACGACAUACAAGAGUUGGAUGCAUCUCGUUUGCGUCUGUUGGAAAAACUCAAACAGAGUUCAGCUUGAAAGAAUAUGGAGAUGAAGAUGGAGUGAUUGAAGCUUUAGGAAAGCUGAAGAAUACUGGUGGAACGACAGCGAUCGGAGAAGGUAUUGCCUUGGCAAUGAAUCAAUCAAGUCUCCGGGAUGGUGCUCGACCAGAAUUUGCAACAAAGGUAAUGAUUGUUUUCACGGAUGGUUAUAAUAACAAGGGACCGGAUCCAGUUGAGAUUGCAACAAAGGCCAAGGAUGAAGGUUGGGAACUCUACGUUGUCAUGAAAAGAGAAGCAAUUGAGCAUCAAUCGUUGCCACCGUAUGAAGAGAUUAUCAAUGAAAUUGCUACUUCUGAGGAUCAUAUUUUCGAUGAAAGCAAUGUUGAGAAGAUGUUUGAUCGAAUUGGGAAGAGAAACGAGCCGUGCAAAAAAUCAAAAGAUGGAAAGGCUCCAAAUGCAAAAGCUCUUUUUGAAGCGAUUGAGAAGAAACGACCAAAGUCGAAGGCGAAAAAGCCGGCACCGAAAAGACAUGGA